UGUUAAUAAACAAACAAAACAGCGAGACUAAAGAAGCAGAAGAAGCGGGUCUCUGACCCUCCAAGGACUUUCCCUCGCUCUUCCUUCCGAAUCUUCAUGUCGUGAAACCCUAAACCCUCUCUUCCUCGUCUCGAUCUCAUUCAAUUCUAGCUCGGUGUGUUCACCACGCUUCGAAACCCUAAUCCAGGUUUUAGAUUCUGAGGCUUGCCUGGGAGGAGACGGGGGUUGGAUCACGCUAGGGUUUCUCCGCAUGUCGUCCGGCGCCGGCGAAGCCAGUGGAGCCGGCGGUCUCGAUCUCAACUGCGAUACUGUGGCCAUUCUUGAUAACCAUGAAGCUGGUGUGGAGGGUGGAUUGGAGGAUGGAGUGGUCGGUACUGGAGGUGAAUUGCCUGCUAAGGAAAGUGGGGAGACUACGGAUAGGGGAGGGGAGGAGGAGAAAGAAUGUAAGAGAGGGAUAGCUGAUUGGGAAGAUGGGAUGAUGGGUAGCGGAGAUGGGAGUGCUGGCUCUGAGCUUGGGGGAUGGAGCGAUGCUGGUGUAGUGGAGACUGUCAUAAGAGAAUCUGGAGCAGAGUCUCGCGGUGGGAAGCUUUUGGAAACGGAAUUUGGGGAGAAAGGAAGUGCAGGGCUGGUUUCUGUUUUAACAGUGGGUUUUGAGGAUGUUGAGGCUUGCAGUCAAACUAUGAACUUGGGAGAUGGAACUGGUGGUGAUCAGAAGAGAGGCUCUGACGUGAUGGGAACUGAUGAAGUUUCUCUUACUGUUUUAGUUGGUGGUGGAGGGAUUGAGGAUGAAAGGUUGGAAGGAUCAUCAAUUUUGAGAAGGGAACCGGCUGAGUUUCAGGUGGAUUUGGUGGAUGGAGGUGGUGAGCUUGUAGAUGGCCAAUUAGACCUUGAAGAGACGGAACCUGAAGGUGAGUCUCUUACCAUGAAACUUUCAGAAGUGGACAAAAGGGAGAAGGAAAUUACUGAUCUGUUUACUGUUGCAGCUGAAAAGUUUGAAGCUACCGACACUAGUACUCAAGCUCUGAGAUUGGUAAAUGUUUCUGGUGGUGAUAAAAAACAAGGAAUUGAUUUAUAUGUGGAUGGCAUGGUUAUUGAUCGUCAAUCAGGCACUGGGGAAAGGAAGGCUGAAGUUUUUUCUCACAGUGGGAAGGUUUUGGAAGUGGAGGUGGGGGAGGAUGGAAGCGCAGAGUUGGUUGUUGUUUCAACUGAAGCAUUUGAACCUGUUGAGGCUAGCAUUCAUACUGUGGACUUGCCUGUUGAAGCUAGCGGUCUAGCUAAGUACUUGGGAGAUGGAUCUGAUGAUGAUCAGAAUCGAGUUGCUGAUGCAAAUAAAGAAGACAUGGUUGGAACUGAUAAAGAUUUGCAUGGAGGGGCUGGGGAUGAAAGGUUGGAAGGGUCAUCAAAUUUGACAGAGGAGGUUGGGGUGGGUUUAGUGGAUGGAGGUGUUCAAGUUUUAGAUUAUCAAUUGGGCCCUGCAGAUAGGGAAGCUAAUGGUGAGUCUCUUGGCGCAAAGCUGCUGGAAAUGGGCACAGUGGGGAGACAAAUUGCUGAUCCGGUUGCUGUUUCAACUGAAGAGUUUGAAUCUGUUGAGGCCAGCAAUCAACCCGUGACGGAAAUGGACAAAGGGGGGAAUGACGGUGCUGAUCUGGUUGCUGUUUCAGCUGAAGAGUUUAAAGUUGUUGUGGCUGGCAAUCAAGCUGUGAAUUUGGGAGAUGGUUCUGGUGGUGAUCAGAAACAAGGGAUUGACUUAGAUGCCGAUGGCAUGGUUAUGGAUGUCCAAGUAGGCCCUGGAGAAAGGAAUGCUGAAGUUAAGUCUCUUAGUGGUAACUUUUUGGAAGUGGACAAGAGGGGUGAAGGAAGUGCAGUGUUGGUUUCUGUUUCAACUGAAGAAUUUCAACCUGUUGAGGCUAGCAGACAUCCAAUGGACUUUCAUGAAGGAUCUGGUGGUGAUAUAAAACGAGAAACUAAUUUAGAUGCAGAAGGCAUUGUUAUAGAUGGUGAAUUGGGCUCUGGAAAAAGGGAAUAUGCAGUUGAGAAUCCCGGAGGGAAGCUUUUGGAAAUAGACAGAGUGGAGAAAGUAAACACAGUUCUGGUUUCUGUUUCAACCGAAAGGUUUGAGCAUGCCAAAAUUUGCAGUCAAACUAUGGAUUUGUGUGAUGGAUCUGGUUUUGAUCAGAGGCUUGGAACUGAUUUAGAUGCACAUGGCAUGGCUGUAAUUAGUGAAGAUUCUGUUGCUGUUUCAGUUGGUAUUGGCGGGAAACUUUUGGAAGUGGAAUGCGAGGAGAAAAGAAGUCCAGAGCUGGUUGCUGUUUCAACUGAAGGGUUUGAACCUGCCAAAGUUAGCUGUCAAGCUAUAAAAUUGGUGCAUAGAUCUGCUGAUGAUCACAGGCUAGUAACUGAUGUUGAUGCAGAAAGCGUGGUCAGCGUUAAUGAAGCUUCUGUUACCAUUCCAGUUGGUAGUGGAAGACCCGAGGAUGAAAGAUCACAGUUAUUGUUAGUUUUGAGGAAAGAGCGGGCUGAGGUUCAGGGUGAUUUAGGUGAUGGAAGAGUUCAGACUGCAGAUGUUGAAGUUGACACUGGGAAAAGACGUGCUGAGUUUAAAUCUUGUAGUGGGAGGUGUGUGGAAGUGGACAUGGAGGAGAAGGGGAGUGCAAAGCUGGUUGGUGCUUCAGCUGAACCAUCUGAAGCUGCUGAGGCAAGCAGUCAAGCCAUGAACUUGGCAGAUGGAUGUGGUGGUGAUCCGAUGCAAGGCGCUGAUGAUGUGGAGGGCUUGAUGCGAACUGAUGAAGUUUCAGUUACUGUUCUAGUUGUUGGUGGAGAGGCUGACAGUGAAAAGAUGGAAGGAUCAUCAAUUUUAAGGGAACAGUUGGAAGUUCAGGUGGAUUUGGUUGAUGGAAGUGAUCAGGCAGGUGGUCAAUUAGGCUGUGGAGAAAGGGAAGAUGAGGUUGAUUCUCAGGAAGGGAUGCCUUUGGAAUUGCAAACAGGGGAGAAAGAAAGUACUGAUCUGGUUGCUUCUUCAGCUGAAGAGUUUGAUGUUAUUGAGGCUAGCAAUCAAGCCAUGAACUCAGUAGAUGGUUCUGGUGGUGACCAAAUUCAAGCAAUUAAUGCAGAAGCAGAAGGCAUGGAUCUAGAUGUUCAUUUAAGUCCUGGAGGACUUGAUGAUGAAGUUAAGUCUCACAGCAGGAAGCAUUUGGAAGUGGACAAGAGGGGGAAAGAAGGUGCAGGGUCGGAUGCUGUUUCAACUGAAAUAUUUGAACCUACUGAGGCUAGCAGUCAAGGUAUGUACUUUGGAGAUGAAUGUGAUGGUGAUCAGAAGCGAGAAAUUGAUGUAAAUGCAGAAGGCAUUGCAAUUGAUACUGAAUUGAGUCCUGGGAAAAGUGUAGCUGAAAUUGAGAUUCAUGGCGAGAAAAUUUUGGAAGUGGGCAAGAAUAAUGAAGGAAGUGUAGAGCUGCCUGCUUUUUCAACUGAAGGGUUUUUACGUUCUAAGGCUAGCAGUGAACCUGUGGAUUUGGUUGAUGGACGUGGUGGUGAUCAGAUGCUAGAAACUGAUGUAGAUGCAGAGGCCAUGGUCAGAGCCGAUGAAGAUGCUGUUGUCAUUUCAAUUUCUAGUGGAGCACCUGAGGAUUCAAGGCUGGAAGGAUCAUUAAUCUUGGGAAAAGAACAUGAAGAGGUUCAGGGCAAUUUGGUGGAGGGAUUCGGUGAGGCUUUAUUAGGUGAACUGGGCACCGCAAUAAGUUUAGCUGAAGUUAAAUCUUAUGGUGAGAAGUGCAUGGCAGUGGACAUAGGGGAGAAAGGGAGCACAAAGCUGAUUGCUGCUUCCACUGAACGGCCUGAAUCUGUUGAUGCUAGCAGUCAAGCUAUGGAUUUGGGAGAUGAUUCAGGCAGUAAUCAGAUACAAGGAACUGAUGCAGAUGGAGAAGGCAUGGUGGGAAUUGAACAUAAAGAUACUGUUUUGGUUGUGGGUGGAGCUCAGGUGAAUGAAACGUUGAAGGGAUCAUUGACUUUGGGAGAAAAGAAAGUUGAGUUUCUGGUGCGUUUGGUGGAAGGAUGUGGUCAGGUUGAAAAUGAACUUGACUCUCAUGGUGGAAGGUUGUGUGAAGUGGAGUUGGGGAAGAAAAGCAAAGAGCUGGUUGCUGUUUCAGCAGAAAGGUUUGAAGCCGUUGAGGUUAGUUGCCAAGCUAUGGAGUUGGUAGACAGAUCCCGCAUUGGGGAUAUCAGAGAUGAUUCUGCUGCUGCUGGUGAUGGAGGUCCUGAUAUUGAAAGGUUAGAAGAAGAAUCAUCUGUUUUGGGGAUUGAGCAUGUUGAGGCUUUGCAAAAGUCCAUGGAUGGUUGUGGUCAGGUUGCAGAUAAUGAAUUGAUCCGUGGAGAAAGGACCCCUUUUCUUGAAUCUCAUGAUGGGAAAUCAUUGAAAAUGGAAGCUGAGGCGAAAGGAGGUGUUGAGCCCUUGGCUUUCUCAGCUGAAGGGUUUGAAGCUGCGGAGGCUUGUAGUCAAACGAUGGACCUGGAGCAUGGAUUUGGUGGUGAUCAGAAGCAAGGAACUUUUUUAGAUGCAGAGUAUGUGGUAGGAACCAAUGGAGAUUCUUUUAAUGUUUCUGGUGCUGGUGGAGGGCCUGAGGAUGAAAGUUUGGAAAGAUCAUUGCUUUUGGGAGAUGAGCACACUGAGGUUCUGCAGGAUUUAGGGGAUGGACAUGAUCAGGUUUUUUAUCAGGUUUUGGAUGGUGAAUUUUACUCUGAAAAAAGGGAAUCUGAGGUCGAACCUCAUAGUGGAAAGUUGUUUGAACUGGACGUUAGGGAGAAAGUAAGUGCAGAGCUAACUUCUGUUGCAGCUGGAGGCUCUUCUGCUUUGGAUACUAGCAGUCAAGAUAUGGACUUGGAAGACAAAUACUCUACUGAACAGAAGCAAGAAACUAAUGUGGAUGCAGAGUGCAUGGUCGGAACUGAUGAAGAUUCUGUUGUUGUUUCAGUUGAUGGUGGAGGGCUUGAAGAUGAAAUGUUGAAAGCGUCAACAAAUUUGGUAAAAGAGAUUGAGGUUGGGGAAGAAACCAAUGGGACUGGAUCUACAGUGAAAGAUUUAUCCGAGUCUAUGCAUUCUGAAAGUGCUGGUUAUGACACAAUGAUGCAUGCUGCACAAGUUCAAAAUGAAUUUGGUGGCGGUCAGAGGCAGGGUACUGAUUUAGGUUCAGAGGACAUGGUGGGAGGAACUGAGCAAGCAUCCCUUUCUGUUUCAGUUGGUGGUGGAGGUCCAGAGGAUGAAAGGUUGGAGACUUCAUAUAGAUUUGGAAAAAAACAGCUUGAUGUUGGAGAAGAUAAUACCGCACCUGGAAUGCCGGAGAAAAAAUUGGCUCAUCCAGAGAAUAUUGGAGGUGGUGGGGUUGAUGCAAUCAGAGAGACUGGGCAUGUUAAAGAUCCAGUUCACAGUAAGCAUAUGGAGGAUCUGGACUCCAGAGAGGGAUUUGUUGGUGAUCAUAGACCAGAAUCAUGUCUGGAAACGGAUGCAGAACCAUUCGUUGUUGCUGUUGCUUGUGAGAGAACUGAAGCCCAAGGGCUGGAGAGUGCACCAAGAUCAGUUGUUGAGCAGGUAGAAGUUAAACCCUGUAGUGCUGGAUCUGAAAUGGUGGAGAGAAUUGCACAUUCCCAGAAGAGUGGUGAUUCAGUGGAUGUAGAUGUUGUCUGUGAUUUGCUUGAAGGGCAUCCAGAUGAAAGGGAAGAUGAAAUUAUUGGAGACAAUGAUCACAAUCGAAGUGAAAUGAAGUCUGAGUUUUCUGCAGGAGAGGAAAACAUGAUUGAAAAGGGCUUGGCCUGUCUGCGUGACUGUGUGGAAGCAGUUAAUGCAUAUAUGGAUCAUGGCAAUGACCAAGAAACUGUAGUAACAUAUAAGAAACGGGACAUUAGUGUGGAAACUUCUCAAGUUUCAGGUAUGGCGUUGAAUGAAGUGGAGACUGGCAUAGUUCAUCAUUCUACAGUGAGUUCAGAACGAGUUGAAAUUCUUACACAUGCAUCACCUGUAGAAAAUGAGGAUCCGAUGGUUUAUGAUGAAAACAAUACUAUAGCUGGUGAAACAGUACAAAAGCUGGACUCCAUUCCUAUUACUGAAGAGCAAGACUCAGGUUCACAACAAUCGGAUGGAGAUAUGAAAAGUGCAGUUGUUAGUGUUAGUACUGUUGGUGGUUCUGAUUUUGCCAAGACUGCUAUUGUAGUUGACGCAGCUGUUAAUGUGGAGGCAUGGAGUUCUGAUGAACAUGCUACUGUUGAUACAAAUAUCGCCUCCAGGGACUACAAUGAAUUAGAACUUGAGCAGGGGACCUCUUCUUUAGAGUCUGCUUUGCAUGUUGUGGAUGAAACUACAGAUUGUAGCAAAAAAUUGCAAGAUGGGACUCCGGAUAUUUUGAAGGAAUUGGAGAACCGCAGUGAUGGGUGUGAUGGCAAAAGUACUGAGUCUGCUUCCACCAGUCAGCAGGCUACUUAUUAUUUAUCUUUUUCAGAGAAGGAGGUUUUCUCCACCUCUGACCUUGUCUGGGGUAAAGUCAAAAGCCAUCCUUGGUGGCCAGGACAAAUUUUUGAUCUCUCAGGAGCAUCUCAACUGGCUAUAAAAUAUCAGAAGAAAGAUCAUUUUCUGGUUGCAUAUUUUGGGGACAAAACAUUUGCUUGGUGUGAAGAGUCACGUUUGAAGCCUUUUCUGUUCUGUUUCUCUCAGAUGGAAAAGCAAACCAGUUCUGAUUCAUUCUUGCGUGCUCUUCAUGACAUCCUUGUGGAAAUCUCUAGGCGCGUGGAAUUGUCAAUGACUUGCUCGUGUCUUCCCGAAGAAUCAUAUGCUGAUGUUAAGUACCAGAAAGUUGAAAAUGCUGGGGUACGGGGAAAAACUGUUAAUCCAGUUUUUGAUCGGUGUGAGUUUGUGAAUUAUUUUCAUCCAGACCAGCUUCUUGACUAUGUUAGAGAAUUAGCUCAGGUCCCAAACGGGGGGGCAGAUAGGUUGGAGCUUACAGUUGCUCGGGCUCAAUUGAAAUCCUUCUAUCUCUCGAAGGGCUGUACAGAACUUCCUGCAUUCACAAAUGGUAGUGGGUUGGUUGAGAAUGACUUUGAGACUCCCUCCUCUAUAAGCAAAAAGCUGAAUGAAGAUGAUUUAGAACAUUCUGCAACCCUCUCAGAUUUGUUCUCCGCCAAGGGAAAGUUGAGAGGCAGAGAUGGAGCACUUGCUAAGCAAAAACAUUUUGUGGAGGAUGGAAGAAAACAGAAGAGCCUGUCUGAAUUGAUGGAAGAGGAAACAACAUUUCUUCUUGUAAACAGGUAUGAAAAUGCAUCUGAGGUGCAAGAUGAUGAGAACUGUCUUUCAUCUGGUAAUAAACGGAAGGCUCUUGAUCAUGUUUUCUCUGAUAUCGGGAGAAGCAAGAUAAAGAAGAUCGACUCUGAAGCAGACGAAGAGACCAAGUUACCAUCGCCAACUUCUAAUAGUUCUUUCAAAGUAGGGGAGUUCAUCAGCAGAGCUGCAAGCAAGCUGACAAGUGGACAACCUAUUCGUAAGUGCCAUGGUGAAACAUCUGAGAGGGGUCUGUACAAAACAGAUGAUUGGAGCAUUGAUUGUAUGGAUCUUGAUGAUUUUCUUGAUAUUCCUUUUGACCACCCAAAAUUACAGAUAGACAUCUCAGUGGACUAUCCCCCAGCAAAUGAAAUGCUGUCAAAGCUUUGUUUAGCUGCCAGGAAUCCUAUGAAGGGAAAUAAUUUUUCGUCUAUUGUUCUCAACUUCUUUUGCACUUUCAGGAAUGUACAAGUUUCGAACAUUUCUAUUGAGAAGAACAAGACUGAAAAACCAAGAGCCAAAAGAGGGAGAAAGAAAAAGAUUAUUUUAGAUUUAGAAUCACCUGAUAUGUCUACUCCUGAUCAUAUGAAGGAUUCUUAUUGGUCUGAUAUGAUUAUACCUGAAAAGGACGCGCUAUUGAAUCCUCCUAAAAGAAGAGGGAGGAAGAAGAGGAAGUUUUUUGAUGAAUCGUCACCCACGCUGAUUUUAAAUAUUCCUUCAGAUUCUGAACCAAAAUUGCAUACUGGAACAAUGUGUCCUCAUGUUAAACAUAUACUAACAGCAGAAAGACCAAUUAUUAGUGUGGAAGAAAAAAUUGUAGAUGAGCGCACACCAACUGCCGUGAUUUUAUAUUUCAACAGUUCGAAUUCUCUUCCUUCAGACAUGGAUCUUAUCAGAAUUUUUAGUCGGUAUGGGCCUCUAAAAGAAGAGGAAACAUAUAUUGAAAGGAAAAAUAACAGUGCUAUGGUGGUUUUUAAGAAACGCACUGAUGCAGAAAUGGCAUUUAGUAGUGCAGGUAAGUUUAGCACUUUUGGGCCAGCAUUACUCAGUUACCGGCUUAAACAUUUUCCAUCCAAGUCUUCUCCAGUAAACUCAUUGAUAGGUGAAGAUGAUGCCACUCCAAUCAAAGAUGACCACCUAGGAAGUUUGGCUGAACCUGAAUUUAAUGGUGCCUUGGAUGGACAAUUGAGUGAUGCUGUGGAUAAGGAAUCAUCCAUCUUUGUUCAAUCUCAAGAGCAUUUUGGACCUGUAUUAGAAACGUCACCAGGAGAAUUUUCUGAACUUGCUCAGUAUCAAGUUGGGGAUGCGGUAGUUUCCGACACUACACCAGUCAAUACAGGAAGGAAAGAGCCGUUACAAGAUGUUCCCGCUCAAAUGGAGACUGGUUCAGUUUCAGACCACCUGCUGCUUGAACCUUUAGACCAAGAGUUUUCCUAUUUUGAUCUUGAUCAAGCAGAGGCUGGAGAAGUUCCAGGGACAGAAGUUGUCGGCGAAAAGUCCUCUCCCCUUCUUCUCGAGACUUCCGAAGUUUCACAUGCUGCAAAUAAUACUGUAACAGUUGCGGAAAGCCCCGAACAAGUUGCAGUAACAGGGACAUCAGACUCUCAUGCUGAUCAAUUGGAGAAUGGAAUAGUGCUAGAAGCUGUAAGUCAGGAAUUUUCUUGCUCUGCUCUGCCGCCGCCGGCGGCCGAAGCAAAGGAUAUACCAAUUGAACUCAACAUUGGUCCAGAUCAACCUGGAGAUGAGGAAUGCUCUGAUGUUCCUCCGGCUCAUGCUGGUGCUGCAACUUCAGAUCAAAGUUCAGUUACUGUAGACGUUCAAUUAAUGGUGGAGGUUCAGCCUGUGGGACUUAAUUCCAUUGCAGAAGAAAGGGAAGUUGCAACUGUAUCAGAUUCUACGCAGGUAGAGUUGGAGAGACAAGAAAGUCUGCUUCAGUGAGGAAAGAAUCAUUUGAUCUUUAUUGCAAAUUUACAACACCAAUGGUUAGAGCAAAGAGCCAUCUGAUUUGGAAAUGUUUAACAAGAUGAAAUUAUAGGCGGAGGACCUUGCCGGUCUUUGUUGCAACCGCAAAGCUGAAGUCCGAGAAGUGAAAUUUCUCUCUGAUUUCUGGAUUGCCAUAUAGCUCUUCUUCACUGCAAAUACGAAGACCGGAAAAGAAAGAAAAAAAAAGCGAACUGUCAAGGUAGUGUUGCUGGUUGUAUAAUUUUUGGAUUAUGAAUAAUUCCUGAUGUUUGGUAUGAUUCAUGGAUUAUGAAAUAGUUUACUCUGUGGAGCUGAGCCUGUCUACCUCCAUGUUUUGUAAAAUAUGCAAGUUUUUCUGUUGAAUGGUCAUCUUGAUUAGCAUUCCAGCGGUCGGAAUAUCCAAUUUCUUUUGUGCG